AGAGACCCUGAACACCAGACGGCAGCAACAACACAUUCUUGCAGUGAACACACAGACGACAUGUUUUCAGUGCUGAAAUAUGUUUUUACCCCUUUCGCAAGAAACGCUCUUGCAAAAAUGCACUACAGUUCGGGGGUCAGCAUUAGGCUUUUGCCCAGUUAUAAGUGCUCUUUUGAAGACCCAGUGCAAGUGACCGUGAGUGGCUUAAAUCCACAACAGCGCGUGGAUCUGCGCUCUAAAAUCACCGAUGAAAAUGGACUUGUAUUCAAAGCUUCGGCCACCUACGAAGCUGACGGCAGUGGUCAAGUUGACCUCAACCGCGACCCUUCUCUUGGUGGAAGCUUUACCGGAGUUGAACCAAUGGGCUUAUUCUGGGCACUAAAAGCAGACGUCGUAAGCUGCAAGUUUGCCCUAAAAGACGUGACGCGCCCUGCUCUCGUUGAUAUUGAAUGUGUCAGUGACGAUAAAGUCAUCGCUAAAGUAACAAACGAGAGACACUGCAUGACCGAUGGUGUACGGAGAAUUCCUGUAACCGAAGGCAGGAUCAGGGGAACUCUUUUUAUGCCACCUGGUAAAGGACCAUUUCCUGGGAUUUUGGAUACAAAUGUGUUUAAAGGAGGUCCUUUUGAGUUGAGGGCAGCUCUGCUGGCAAAAAAAGGCUUUGUCGUUUUUGCCUUGGCUUUCCAAGGUUACCAAGAUUUACCCAAAAAAGCUGACAGAUUUCACCUCGAGUACUUUGAAGAAGGUAUAGAUUUCCUGCGACAACAGCCAGAGGUCAAAGAUCAAAAAAUUGGUCUAGUGUCCAUAUCAAAGAGUGGAGAUCUCGCUUUGUCAAUGGCAACAUUCCUGCCUGGUAUAUCGGCCACUAUUUCGAUCAAUGGAUGCAAUGCCAAUACAAUAGUUCCACUCUACUACAAAGACAUCUGUGUUCCACCCCUCAUAUUCGAUGUUAAGAGAUCAAAAAUGACACUGUCAGGCCUUAUGGAUAUUAGGGAUGUCCUGCAUGACCCAAUGUCCAAAGAAGGCCUUCCUAGCGUUAUUCCCAUUGAGUGUGCCUCUGGUAACUUCAUGUUUAUAAUGUCAGAAGCCGACAGGAAUUGGCCAAGUGCCUAUUAUGCAAAACUUGCAUGUGACAGACUCAAAGCACACGGGAAACAUAACUAUGAGCUGGUGAGGUAUGAAAAAGCGGGUCACUUUAUUGAGGUGCCUUAUAUGCCCUUUUGUCUCGCUAAUUAUCAUGCUGUACCUAACCACGUGGUUUUGUUUGGCGGGGAACCUAAGGCUCAUUCAGAAGCACAGUUGGACACAUGGGCGAGGAUGGUGAAUUUUCUCAAAAAACACUUAGCGGCUGCUGAUCACAACUGCAGAUCUAUGCUGUAAGAAAAAGGGCAUGUGCAGUACAUAAUAGUUAUGACAUCCAGUUAUAAUGUUGACUUGCAUUUCUAAUGUAGUUAUCAAGUAUUAAAAAAAUUAUCAAACUUGGUUUAUUUGCGUCUAAGUCUACUGAUGUUUAUAUCAUUCAUAUAAAGUAUGGAGAAAUUGUUUGUAAAAUCAAACUAUUUAGUAUUUGUGUUUCUGUAUCACUGCUUUAUGGAAAUAGCAGCAUUUUUUUUUAAUGAAAAACUUUUGUAACAAUGUAAAAUUAUUUACUGUCACUGUAAAUUUAGAAGUAUCUUAGCUUUAUUCAUUUAAAAAAAUGUUCUGGACAGUAAUGUACUCUCACUGCUGUGCCGCAUUUUCACAUUAAAACUUAACACUUAUUUUAAUUUUUAAAUCAAAUUUGAAAAUUGAAAAAUGAUUGCAUUUUCAGCCUUAGUGAAAAGUAAAAAAACCAGGUUGUUUUCCUCUUCAGUAGUUUAUUUUCUGGUGAAUGUUUAUGUCUAGAUAAAUGUUCAGGGUGCAGACUCUGUGAUGGAGAUAUGCAACUAUGGACAUUGGUUACAAGCAAGUUACUGUAUUCACCUUACACAUACUGGAGCUUCCAAUAAAGUACAAUUAGAUAUCUUGA